GUAACAUUUAAUAAUUUCAAUAAACUGACAAGAUGGCGGACGAUGUAAUUUUCGAUUUGCUACACUCAGAAAUUGUAGCCUUUCUUCAUCGAACUACUGAAAAAGAUAACCAAGACCAGUGUAUCAACAAGCUUGAGUCACUUGGAUUCCGCAUUGGGCAGAGCAUAGUUGAAAGGUUCACAAAAGAAUCUCCACGCUUUAAAGACGACCUAGACAUCAUGAAGUUCAUAUGUAAAGAAUUCUGGAGCGCUGUGUUUAAGAAGCAGGUUGACAACUUAAGGACCAACCACCAAGGUGUCUAUGUGCUGCAAGACAAUAAGUUCAGGUUUCUCACUCAGAUGUCAAGUGGUAAACAGUACAUGGAGGUGGCUCCUAAGUACUUAGCCAUGUCCUGUGGUGUUAUCAGGGGUGCAUUGGCAAAUAUUGGCAUCAACUCUGUUAUAACUGCGGAAGUCAGUGCAAUGCCAUCAUGUAAAUUUCAAAUCCAGUUGCAGCGUACUUGACAGAGUGAAAACAGGACAUAGAAAUGGACCACAUUUAUUAAAUAUACUGUGAUAUGAAGACAAAACUAUUGCUGGUUCACAAGCUGAGGUGUUUAAUAAGCAAACAGUGGAUAUGUUGUGUUUGAUCAAGGGUAUUGUUUUUGAAUGCAUUAACUUUUUCAAAGAACUGGCUAAUAUCGAGUAUACUUGUACAUUUGUAUAUUGCGGUAUUAAUGCGAAAAAAAUUGUGUAUAUAAUGCCAUCUGAAGCUCA